AAACAAAACAAAACAAAAAAACACUGAAAAUGUUGUCCGUUGGAACACCGAAUGAAAAAUUAUAUAAACGAUUAUUAUCGUCGAAUAAUAAUAAUAAUAAUAAUGGUUCAAUUCCAUUGGUUAAAAAACAAAAUUCAACACCAUCAACAAUAUUGACAACGAAUAAUAAUAAUAAUCUUGAUGAUUUGAUUAAAAUAAAACCAUCAUUAAAUUGUGGUAUCGAUGUUAAAAAUCAUGUAAUUAAUCUUUUUACAUCGUCCACAUCGACAGCUUAUAAUAUUCGUACAACAUGGAAUACAAUUGGUCAAUUGGUUACAGUACCAGCACCAUUGGUUAUUGCUGGACCAUCCGGUAGCGGUAAAAGUACAUUAUUAAAACGAUUGAUGAAUGAAUUCCAGGAUUGUUUUGGUUUCAGUAUUUCACAUACAACAAGAAAACCUCGUAAAGGUGAACAAAAUGGACGUGAAUAUUUUUUCAUUAAUCCAGAAACAUUUGAACAAAGUAUUCAAAAUGAUGAAUUUAUUGAAUAUACUCGUUUUUCUAACAAUUAUUAUGGUACAAGUAAAAAAGCUGUAAAAGAUGUACAGAAUUCUGGUAAAAUCUGUAUACUUGAUGUUGAAAUUGAUGGUGUAAGAAAUUUGAAAAAGACCGAUCUAAAUCCACGAUUUGUAUUUAUAAAGCCACCAAGUUUGGAAAUUUUGGAACAACGUUUACGUAGUCGUGGCACAGAAACAGAAGAAUCUAUUCAACAACGUUUAACACGUGCAUUAGAAGAAUUAAAAUUUGGUGAAAUUGAAGGAAUGUUUGAUCUAAUCAUUACAAAUGAUGAUAUUGAAAAAGCCUAUAGUAUUCUACGACAAUUUAUUGUUAAUGAGGUUGAAGCAUUGAAAAAAUCUCGUGGAAUGUAAUUGGAAAAAAAUAAUGAAAAGAAAAUCAAAAAAAACAUCAUCAAAGAAAGAUGAAGAUAAAAAUUAUCAACUACAUUUCAACUUUGAUGUUCCGGUUUCAUCCGUAUUUUUUUUUUUUAUUCGAAUAGUUCUCUUUCUUUCGUUCUUUUCGUAACAUUCAACAAAUAGGCAAACAACAUCGGAAAAAAAUAUUUGUUUAGUAUUUGUCCACAACAAAUUCGUAAAUCAACAUUUUCUUAUUUCGAUAUAACAAGAAUUUUUAUAUAUCGCACACACACACACACACACACACCAGAAAGAGAGAAAGACACAUACACGUUUGAAAUCCCACCAGUCUUUUUUUUUUGCUUUUAUUUGUAUCUUUUUUUUUACUUUUUUUGUAUCUUUUUUUUUGUUUGUUUUUAAUUUUUAACUUUUUAUUUUCAUUCUUUGAUUUUACACCUUGCACACACACACACACACACACACAUCGAUCAUGAGUGAAAACAUUGCAUUUUUAUCAGACAAAUAUCAAAUAUUUACAAUUGAAAACUGAAUGAAUAAUAAUAAUAAUAAAAAU